UUAUUUUCAACAGUAAGGAGUUCCGCUCUGAGUAUCAAACAUGUCUGACGCGGAAGGAGAUGAUGUGCCUACCACAACCAGUGUUGGUGAAAUGGAUGUUAACACAGCUCUUCAGGAAGUUUUGAAGACUGCCCUGGUUCACAAUGGCUUGGCCCGUGGCCUGCACGAAGCUGCUAAGGCUUUGGAUAGGCGUCAGGCUCAUCUUUGUGUCCUGGCUAACAACUGUGAUGAAGCACAGUAUGUUAAGCUUGUUGAGGCCCUGUGCACUGAACACAAUAUCAACCUUUUGAAGGUUGAUGACAACAAGAAACUUGGAGAAUGGGCUGGUCUCUGCAAGAUUGACAAAGAGGGAAAAGCUAGGAAAGUUGUCAGCUGUAGCUGUGUUGCUGUUAAGGACUAUGGAAAGGAAGGUCAAGCUCAUGAUGUUAUCAUGCAGUAUUUCAAGAGCAAGCGGGGCACAUAAAUCUUACAUUGACUUGAUUGCUUACCAAAGAAAUAAAAAAGUGUUAACUUA